GGGUCCAAACUAGACGUCUAUUGUAUAUUGAUGGGUGUGGCUGGUUGGUCAAUAGCACAAGGGGAAUUCUUUAGGUUUUUGAACAGACUGAUAUCACAUGGACUAGAACUGGCCAAAAACCAGAGGACUCACUCAAAAGCUUUGUAAUUGAGACUCCUCUCCGAUUGCUGCUCUAGUUCAUUCCCAGGAUAAUAGAGAGAGCGAAAGCAAUGACCGAAAGCCGAUCCCAUGAGAAUCCCAGGAUUCUGUGCCUCCACGGGUUCAGAAACAGUGCUAAAAUUCUCGAGACAGAGAUUCAUAAAUGGCCCGAAUCGGUCCUGGAGAAGCUGGAUCUGGUGUACCUCGACGGCCCAUACCCAUCCACGGGCAAGUCCGGCGUGGAGGGCAUCUUCGAUCCUCCCUACUUUGAGUGGUUCCAAGGCAAUCAGGAUUAUACCGAGUACGAGAACUUUGAAGAGUGCAUCACUUUCAUUGAAGAUUUCAUGGUGAAGAACGGUCCCUUUGAUGGUUUCCUGGGUUUUUCCCAGGGAGCUGUUCUAGCUGCAGCAUUGCCAGGCAUGCAGGCAGAGGGAUUGGUGCUCACCAAGGUGCCCAAAAUCAAGUCUCUGAUUCUAAUUUCUGGGGCUAAGUUCGGCGGAUCGAAACUAGGGGCGCCUCCGCUGGCAGCUAACGCGUUUUCCUCUCCUGUCAAGUGUCCUUCUCUUCAUGUUAUAGGGGAGAAUGAUAUCCUGAAGCUGGACUCGAUUGCUCUGCUCGAUUCGUUUGUGGAUCCGAUCGUCAUCCAUCACCAGGAGGGCCACACAAUCCCCAGACUCGAUGAUCAAAGCCUCGAGAUUGUCAACAAUUUCAUUGAGAAGAUCCGGAAUCUCUCUACUGCGUGAGUUAUUCUUUCUCCUGACAAGCAAAGGAGAUAAUAACAAUUUUUCAUUUGUGUUUUGGCUAUCGUUUUUUAACCUCUACAAAGAUUGAAGAGUAAGCCAUGGAAAGUUCAUCUCUCAACAGUUUGCAUAUUUGUG